AUGGGAACAAUGUGUAAUUCAACUAUUCGUGUAGCACUAUUACUAUUUAUUGGUGUCAAUCAUACUGUAUCGUUAUUCUGUUAUAUGGUACAUUGGGAUGCAUAUUCGUCAUUUACGGAGAGAGUUUAUAAAUGUAAAGAUGACGAAGAAUUUUGUGCAUCCUUGUAUGAUCGGAGUGCUGAAAGUUGGUAUCUUCGAGCAAUACCAUUGGAUAAGAAAUGUUAUUCUGUUGCCGAGGAAGGCUGUUUCAUGGAUCCAAGAUAUAACAGUUAUUUGAGAAGUACAAGAGCGUUACCGGUUUGCAUUUGCAAAGGCGAUUACUGUAAUACGCAAGAAAAAAUUGAAAAUAUAUGGUUGGAGCAAAAUCUUUACAGAUUUCAUGAUCCUGAAGAUUGUCAUGCUAUAGGAUUAUCACAAUUAGAUAAAGCAACAACAAUAACAACUGCUGUAAAAGUGACUGCUGCAGAAACAACGGAAUCAAGUCAAACAACAACAGCAACAAUAACUGCAAAAGCAACAACAACAGCUGCUACAGAAACGUCGGAAUCAAGUCAGACAACAACAACAACAACUACUACUACAACUACAAAAGUAACAACAACAACUGCUGCAGAAACGUCGGAAUCAAGUCAGACAACAACAACAACAACAACAACUGCAAAAGAAACAACAACAACAACAACAACUGCUGCCGAAACAAUGGAAUUAGAUACAGAAGCAACAACAGCUGAUAUAAAAGUGUUUCAACUGUUUUAUCCAGAUGAGGAAACCGGAAGGAAUGUAACGCAAACGUUGGAAUCAAAUACAAAUGCAACAACAACUGACAUACAAAUGUUGCAACCAAAUGAGAAAAGCGGAAUAAAUGCAACGGAAACGUCGGAAUCGGAAUCAAAUCAGGAAGGAAAAAUAGCUAGUAGAGGAAUAUUGACAACAAAUCAGGAAGUAAAAAGUGCUACAGAAAAGUUGGAAUGA